UUUACGUACUGUACUUAGUAUUUGUCGCUAGGAUUUAAUUAUCUAUACUAGGUUGACAUCCUUACAUGUAUUGCGGACGUUGGAUCUUUUCAGAAGCCAGAUCUUGGAGUAUCUUUGUGACUGACGACACCAACCCUUCUUUCUCAUCGAGGGAUGAACCACCCUUUUGCAAAUUCUCACAAUUUAAUCCUGUCAAAGAUCUGAGCUGAUCAGAAACGAAGAUAACUACUACUAAUAUCUACCAUCUAUCUACCAUGACAACUCGAACUUGGACGUGUAUGUGUGGAUCGUUUGAAGGCGAAGUGAAGGGAGAUCCUUCUUUGGCAGUGUGGUGUCACUGCGGCUCUUGUCGCCAGCAAACUGGAGCUGCCAUGCAAUUGGGCAUUUUCCCGGAAUUGAAGGUUCUCAAAGGAGAAGAUAACUUGAUUGCUUACAAGAAGAAUCCCGAGGCCAACAUUACUCGUUUUUCCUGCAAGACAUGCGGUAGCUUUUGCUACAAAAACAUCAACGGAGAUACCCUGGUCGCACCACUGGGAGCCUUGAAGGGAGAAGGAGAAACGGUCAAACCCACGUGCCACAUCUUUGUGGCGGAUAAGGGACAUCAAGAUAUCAUGUUUGAUACUCUACCCCAGCAUGAUGCUUUUCCCUAAGGUUUGAGUUGGCUUGACUUGUUGGAGUUUCUGCGGUAGCUAGCCUUUAAAAGCUGGAGCGAGAAGACUUGGCUGGAGCUUCUAGCUAGCUAGAUUGCCGGAGAAUGCUGCAGCAUGACGCCUUUGAAGAAGAAAGGGAAGGAAAGGAUAUGUGUAAGAGAAAAGCCAAACACAUCAAAAGAUGAAACAAAAAGUGUUUUCCAGUUUAUAAAAAUGAGACUCCGACAACUAUCAAGUUUCUAAAACUAGUUCAUGCAAGAAAAAAAGCGUUCUGU